UCGCUCUUCUUUCCAUAUGCGACAAACUUCAGGGCUGGAAUUUCUACUGUACGGUGGAAGGGAAAUAUAAUCCAAAGAUAUUCUUGCGAAAUUUCAAACGCAUUUGAACCAAACAUUAGUUCAAAAACGGGAGAUGAGAAGACUGAUUUUUUUGCUCACGCUCUGUGUGGGGGCAGCUGUUGGACAUGGAUAUGGAUAUGAAGGGUCAGGGUAUUCUUAUGCUGGAAGCCAUGAUAUUGAUUACAGUAUUCAAUAUACAGGAAGCAGUUACUACAUAGAUUAUAAAGAGCCAAGAUGGUGUUAUCCAUUGAGGGUAGAAAAUGGUGAUGUAGAAUGCCGUUCACCAAGGGGUCCAAAUUACAGAAGCACACUUGGAACACGGUGCCGAAUAUUUUGCGACAGAGGAUACCGGCUGCUAGGCCGAAGGCAGGUUGAAUGUACAGUGACCAGAUACUGGUCCGGAAUCAGCAGAUGCAAAGAGGUGCGUUGUCAUACACUUCCGGCAUUUCCAUAUGGAUCAUAUGUGUGCUCCAAGGGGACACGUGUGGAUUCCCAGUGUGAGUACAUAUGUGAGCAAGGAUACCAACUGGAAGGAGACAGGACAAGAGCGUGCCUGGAGAAUGGCCAGUGGAGUGGGAGCGAACCUUUAUGUGUAGAUUAUGAACCUCCAAGGAUAAAGUGCCCAGGGUCCAGGGAGAAGGUGGCUGAACCAGGGCAGCUGACUACGCGAGUAUAUUGGGACUCACCACGUGUAAAAGAUGUGGCUGAUAAACACAGCACAAAAAUUGUUCUGAAAGGACCACCCUCAGGUUCUGAGUUUGGAAAAGGUGAACAUAUUAUUCGCUAUGUGGCGUAUGACAGAGAGAGGAACAAAGCCUCCUGCAAAUUCACUGUCACAGUUUACGUUAGACGAUGCCCUCUUCUGAAGCCGCCUGUCCAUGGCUAUAUCACUUGUACAUCUGCUGGUAAUAACUAUGGGGCAACCUGCACUUACACAUGUGAGGGAGGAUAUGAACGCCAGGGAAUCUACAAAAGAGUGUGCCUGUUUAAUCGAAGCUGGUCUGGAGUGACACCAUCUUGCGUAUUAAUUGAGAUUAAUGUUGAUGUGAAUUCAGUGGGCGCUCUCUUGGAUCAGUUUUAUGAAAUGCAACGUCUCCUCAUCAUAUCCUCUCCAAGUGCAUCUGAUAUGCACUACAGCCUGCAGAUAAACAUGCUACAGGAAGCUGCCUGUGGUCUGGAACUGAGACAAGUGACAAUAAUAGAAUUGGUUGGAAAUCCACCCAGAGUAAUAGGACGUAUAAAGGAACAGCAGCUUUCUUCAAAAAUUGUUGAUCAACUCAGACAAGCCUAUUACUUAUCCAGUAAGCACUUUAACGUUGUCUUGAUUGACAAAUAUGGCACAGACAGGGAGCGUUAUGUUCAACCAGUCACAUCCAGUGAGCUGUUUCCAUUCAUAGAUACUUACCUACUCCAGACGGAAGAAAGAGAUAUCCUACAGCAAAAGGAGAAUUUGUGUAAUUAAAACUCAAACUUGACAAGCUUUCCCUACAUUUCCACCACCAACAACUUGUAUUUAUACAGUGCCUGUAGCACAGUAAAAUAUCCUAAGGUGCUUCACAGGAACAUUAUCAAACAAAGUUUGACACCAUGUCACAUAAGGAGAUAUUAGUGUCGGUGACCAAAACCUUGGUCAAAGGGCAAGCUUUUAAAGAAUGUCUUAAAGGAGGGAAGAGAAGUGAAGAGGUUUAACGAGAGAAUUCCAGAGCUUAGAAUCUUGGCAGUUGAAGGCCGGGGUGACAGCGGUGGAAUCAUUAAAGUUGGGGAUGCCCAAGAGUCCAGAAUUAGAGGAGCAGAGAUAUCUCAGAGGCUUGUGGGGCUGAUUCAUCAUUCUCAUCAAAUUGUGAAAUCUCAGUCUCAGUCUGCAAGUUGAACUACACACAUUCAUCCUUUCCUCAACUUCCAAUAGGGCCAUUUCUGUCGUUAGCCUUUGAAAUGAGUUUUUUUCCAUGAAUAAAACUUACCAAAAUUGA